AUGUCGAGCAUGCCGUUUUCACAAUGCGACUCUCCUAUACGCGACCAGAACGAUAGCACAGACGACCGCGGUAGGCGACGAUCGACAGCUGUGGAAACUCCUCUUUUGCACGGAUCACCAGACCAACAAAAAGCCGUUUAUGAAAUUCAGAAAUCGUUACAAGUGUCUUUGGAGCAACUAAGGGCGUGUGCGCAAGAAUUUGGACAAGAAAUGCAGGCAGGGCUUGCCGAAGACUCACCAGCAGGCGGACACCUUCGUAACAACGACCUAAAAAUGAUUCCUUCCUAUGUCACAGGUUACCCAACGGGAAAUGAGAAAGGGACAUACCUUGCUCUUGAGAUUAGUGGAGUGGACAUUUACGUGUGUCAAGUCAAGCUCAAAGGAGAGGGUGGCAAAUUAGCUAUCAACCAAUACCAAUACGAGAUUCCCGAUGAUCUAACCACCGGUGUUGGUGUGGACGUGUUGAUCGAUUAUGUUGCAGACUGCGUAUCCGAUUUCCAACGACGUGUUUCUGGUCAUCAAUCACAGCAACAGGAAACAUACUCAAUGGCCAUCAGUCUAGGCUUUGCUGUUCGACAAACUGGUCUUGAUAGAGGCACCAUUGUUGCUUUGGAGCAUGGCUUUGAAUUCCCCAAUGCAAUAGGCGCCGACGCUGUUGAGUUAUUCCAUUCCCGUUUCCAAGCUAAAGGAUUAAAUAUUCGGAUCGUGGCUAUUGCAAACGACGCGGUAUGCACCCUCCUUGCCCACGCUUAUCAGCAUCCUGCCACGCGGAUUGGCAUUGUUCAUAAUAUCGGCACCAAUUGUGCUUAUUACGACAAAAUGAGCAACAUGCGCAAGUUUCUCGCACAACAUCACAAUGGCGUCAGCCCAGGAAACAUUGACAUGAUCAUCAACACAGAAUGGUGUAAUUUUGGCUCAAGGCAUCUACCUGUAUCACAAUUCGACCAUAUCGUGGAUCGUGAAAGCAACAACCCUGGCAUUCAUGCAUUUGAAAAAAUGACAACUGGCAUGUACCUUGGCGAAAUUGUACGACAAAUAUUGGUACACUUGGUCGACCAUCGCAUAUUGACCUUUACAAUUGAUGAUGAUGAAUGCUUGCUACGUACACCUUAUCAUUUUGAUACUAGUUACAUGUAUGUUUGUGAAGCGGAUGAUGACUUGGAUAAUCUCGAGGACACGCGGGUCGUGCUGGAGGAAAUGUGUAAGGUCGGUGAAACAUCUCUAGCCGAUCGAGAGAUUGUCAAGAAAAUCUGUCAGUUUGUUGGAUAUCGUGCUGCUGCCCUUGUCGGUGCCAAUAUUGCAGGCGUUGUCAAGUACAUGGUUGAAUGCGGAAUUGGACUAGAUUCAAAUGGCGAUGGCUUUGCGAUAGCAAUCAGUGGAGAUGUUUACAAGGAUUAUCCAUCAUUCCAUCCCCGUGUGUGCGAAACCUUGAAAGCUCUCAUUCCUAGCCACGUGUCGGCAAAACUCUCAGUAGGCAUCGUCAAGUUUUCUCGUAUUGUUGGUGCUGCUAUUGUGGCGAUGAUGGUUGAAAAAAUGGAUCAACAGGAUGUAGAAUGA